UUCCUCAAGAAAUAUUGAAGAUUAAUUAGCCCACCAUUACAUUAAUUUGUUUGCUGCUGUCUCAUGUCCUUGUCAUCCUGAGCCCUGCCUGUAUCGAGUCCAUUGAAGAAAAUGUUCAAGCUACAGCAGAAGAGAAAGGAAGAAGCUAGUAGCAAGGAAUCUAAACCAUCUUAUGGCAAGCAAAUGAGCAUCAGAAGUCGAUUGUUGACUAGAGAAGUCUCAGAGAUCGAAUCUUGUCUCCCUAAAUCGUGCAAAAUUGACUUCGAGGAUGUAGAUGAUCUUCGCGAAUUCACUCUGACAGUAAAACCAGACGAAGGCUACUGGAAAGGAGGAACGUUUGUCUUCAGCAUUUGCAUCCCACCGGAGUACAAUAUAGCGCCCCCAAAAGCCCAAUGCAAGACGAAACUAUGGCAUCCAAACAUAACAGAAGAUGGAAAAAUCUGUUUGAGUAUCCUACGUGAGCAUUCACUGGAUGGGAGUGGCUGGCUACCGACGCGGACACUCAAAGAUGUUGUGUGGGGCUUGAAUUCACUGUUUACCGAUCUCUGCGAUUUCGACGACCCACUAAACACUGUUGCAGCUGAGCAACAUUCAAUAGAUAAGAAAGGAUUUGUGAGGAAAGUGAAGGACUUUAUAUCUUGGUAUGCAAAGUAACUAAAUCUAGCUAGCUUAGAUCAAUUUCUCUUUAAUAGUGCAGUGUGUGUUAUUUUUAUCGUUUCUAUUAAUUUUACGUAUUUAUGGACGACUAAUUAUCGAUUGUGAAUUUUGUUGUUGGAGAUGUGAAUAA